GUGAAUCCUAAACAUCUAGAGAAGGACUCGCUCUGGGUUGGUCUGCGUGAAGAUGAGUUUGAGAACCCAGAUAUUUUCAAGUUGUUGGAGGGACUGUUUUCAACAAAACCUCCAGCCAAGAAAAUACUCGCUGAAACAGCAGAGGGCAGGCCCACAAAGAAGGGGAAGGAGCUCAGAGUAUUGGAUAUCAAAACAGGCCAAAAUUUAUCUAUUCUGCUGAGUUCUAUAAAGCUUUCUUUUGAGGACAUCAAGCAACGAAUUCUAGCUGUGGACGAGGCAAAUCUGACGCCUGGUUUACUAGAACAGCUAAUGCGGUGCAUUCCAGAACCUGAAGUCUUGAAAAAGCUGGCAGCCCUCCAAAAUUGCUAUUCAGAUUUGGCGGAGCCUGAACAGUUUGCAGUUGUGAUGUCAAGCAUCAAGCGCCUAGUUCCCCGUAUCAGCUCUAUAUUGUUCAAGAUGAAGUUCCCAGAGAUUGUCAGUGAUAUUAAACCGGAUUUAGUAUCUGCCACAGAAGCACUGGAUGAAAUCAAGAACAGCAGGAGAUUUGCCAAACUUCUGGAGCUACUACUAGUGCUUGGCAACUAUCUGAACGCAGGCUCUCGAAACGAACGAUCCAUUGGCUUCGAUGUCAGCUUCUUGAGCAAGCUUGAGAACACUAAAAGUCAUGAUGGCAACACAACAAUGCUGCAUUUUCUAGCAGAAAUCCUGGACAAGAUGUAUCCAGAUAUCCUAGGCUUCUUGGAUGAGAUUAUCCACGUUGAUAAGGCAGCUCGGGUCUCGGCAGAAACUGUUCACAAAAACAUCACAUCGAUGGGGAAACAGCUGAAAGACCUGGAGCUGGAUUUGAAAAACUUGGGCAAGUCCACUGACCCGAAUGACAAAUUUGGAGAUGUCAUGAGAAUAUCCUUUUAUAUAAAAUUCCACGGCUUUUUGAAAGAGGCCCAGAGCCAGUACGAGCUGCUGAGUGCUAUGUACAAGAAGCUGGAGUCUCUCUAUGACAGCACUGCAAAGUACCUGGCCUUUGACCCCAAGAAGUAUGUGAUGGAAGACUUCUUCACUGAUAUAAAAACAUUUAAGGAUGGAUUACAAAAAGCCUUGAAGGAUAAUGCCAGACUGAGAGAAUUUCAAGAAAAGAACCGGAGGGCAAGCGAAGCUCGGGAGAAAGCUGAAAAGGAGAAGCAAGAGAAGAAGCUGCGACAGGCUGCAAUCUUAGACAUGACAGCAAAUGAAAACCAAGAAGGUGUUAUGGACAGCCUGUUGGAGAUUCUGAAAACAGGUUCAACUUUUACCGUCACCAGAGAGAGGAGAGAUGGCAAACGUCGGACUCCAAGGGUUGCUGGAG